AUGGUCCGCCUCGCCGUCACCGCUGUUCUGGCCUUUGCCGCCUCGGCCCUGGCCAUCGGAGACCCGGCGGGAGCCAAGAACGUCGGCAACGGAGCCGGCGGCCAGUUCAUAACUGGCGGGUGCGUCAGCGACGCUGAUUGCGCGUCGAAGUGCUGCGCAAACCAGAACAACCAGGGCGGUGUUUGCUCUGGCGUCGGCGCGCAGUUCCAGGCGGGCAAGACGGGCUGUGGCUUCAGCGACCCCAAUGCUCAGCAGACGAUUGCAGCCGCCAAGAAGCAGUCAGGCCAGUCGGGGCAGCCCGCACAGCAGCCGCAGCAAGGCUCGCAGAAUCAGCAGAAGAACCAGAACAACCAGCAGGCUCCCGCUUCCGGCGGCCGCGUCAUCGGCGACCCGGCCGGAGCCAAGAACGUGGGCAAUGGUGCCGGUGGCCAAUUCAUCACCGGUGGAUGUGUUAGCGACGCCGAUUGCGCUUCCAAGUGCUGCGCCAACCAGAACAACCAAGGCGGUGUCUGCUCCGGCGUGGGUGCGCAGUUCCAGGCCGGCAAGACGGGCUGCGGCUUCAGCGACCCCAACGCCCAGCAGACCAUCGCCGCGGCCAAGAACCAGGCGGGACAGCAGGGCUUCAAGCGCGUCGUGAGGCCUGCUGUUGAGCCGCAGGACGAGGAGUAA